CUUAUUUCGCUUUGGAAUUUCACGUCGACGUCGCAGUCGAUAGCCGAAAAUAAAAGCGUCGUCUACUUAACUCCAGUGCAGCAGCAGCAGCAGAGCCAGCCGGUAGCCAGCAGCAGAGUAGCGCAAAGCAAACACCCACACAGUUACAUUUUCCAGAUCGAACUAUACGCGAAUCUCAAACAUGACCACAUACUUCAACUAUCCCAGCAAGGAGCUGCAGGAGGAGCUCAAGACCAUCGCUCAGGCGAUCGUUGCUCCUGGCAAGGGUAUUCUCGCUGCCGAUGAGUCCGUCUCGACCAUGGGCAAGCGUCUUAAGGACAUUGGCGUGGAGAACACCGAUGAGAACCGUCGCGCCUACCGCCAGCUCCUGUUCACCACUGACGAUAAGUUGUCUGAGAACAUUUCGGGCGUGAUCCUGUUCGACGAGACUCUGUACCAGAAGGCCGAUGACGGUACUCCCUUCGUUCAGCUGCUGAAGAAGAAGGGCAUCAUUCCCGGCAUUAAGGUCGACAAGGGUGUUGUGCCACUGUUCGGCUCUGAGGAUGAGUCCACCACCCAGGGUCUGGAUGACUUGGCUGCCCGUUGCGCCAAGUACAAGAAGGAGGGUUGUGAUUUCGCCAAAUGGCGUUGCGUUCUGAAGAUCGGCAAGAACACCCCUUCAUACCAGUCCAUUUUGGAGAACGCCAAUGUCUUGGCCCGUUAUGCAUCCAUCUGCCAGUCGGAGCGCAUUGUACCAAUUGUGGAGCCCGAGGUUCUUCCCGAUGGUGAUCAUGAUCUGGAUCGCGCCCAGAAGGUCACCGAGACCGUUCUGGCUGCCGUCUACAAGGCCCUGAACGAUCACCAUGUCUACCUGGAAGGUACUCUUCUCAAGCCCAACAUGGUUACUGCUGGUCAGUCAGCCAAGACGAAGAACACACCCGAGGAGAUCGGCUUGGCCACCGUUCAGGCCCUUCGUCGCACUGUGCCCGCUGCCGUUCCCGGCGUUACCUUCCUGUCUGGUGGUCAGUCUGAGGAGGAGGCCUCCGUCAACCUGAGCGCCAUCAACAAAGUUCCUCUGGUCCGCCCAUGGGCUUUGACCUUCUCGUACGGUCGUGCUCUGCAAGCUUCCGUGCUCCGCGCCUGGGGUGGCAAGAAGGAGAACAUCGGUGCUGGCCAGAACGAGCUGCUCAAGCGUGCCAGGGCCAAUAGUGAAGCCAGUGAGGGCUGCUAUAAACCAGGUUCCGUUAAAAGCGCUGCUGGUGACACUGGACUUCAUGUUGAUAAUCAUAAAUACGCUAAUAGCCAGGCUUGCCAAGGCAAAUACGUGGCCGGGUCGAUACCCUCGUUUGCGGCCAAUGCCAGUCUAUUCGUUGCCGGGCACAAGUACGCUAACGGUGAGGCCGCUGUGGGCAAAUACGUUCCCGGCAGCGCUGGUUCCGGUUCCGGUUCCCUGUUCAUUGCCAACCACGCCUACUAAGUCAACAGCAAAAGCAGAUAAUAAAAAGAGAAUUGCUAAAGAUUCACAUUUUGGCAAUUUUAAUUAUUUAUUUUCUAAGUUACAAGCAAGCAAAAAGCUAUUGAAAAGCAUGCAGAAAAACUACAAAAAAAAAAAAAGAUGAAUCAGAAGAAUUGUUGAAAAGAAGAAAAAAUAUGUUUAUGAGACGCAAAUUUUAUUUUUAGUUGUAAGCACAAAAAUGUUGAAGUUAUGCAAAUUAUAUAAAUAUUAUUAAUACUAUAAUUAUGAAUUCAUUUUCUUUGUUUAAAAUGCACUUGUUUAAACAUGUCGUAAAUCGUAAAAGGAUAGCAAACCACAAAAACAACCAACAACAUCAAUGAAAAAUUAAAGUUUUAAACAUUGAAAUCGCAUGUGUUUCUUACGUUUCUACUUAUACUAUAUAUUUUGUCAACGUUUGUAUAGAAAAACUAUGAGAAAACGUUUUUUAUAAUUAUUAUUAUUACACUUUAUAUUUAUGAUUAUCAUUAUAAUUAUAAGUGACCUAAAUGACGCAAAUAAACAACAUACAAUAUUAAUAAAUCAACAACAAACCAAAUAAUUAUCAACUUUAGAAAGCUGAUAUACGUAUACAUACAUUAAAAUUGUUAUUGCCGAAAGGCAGAAAUUAUUACCAAAACAUAUAGAAAAUCAAAUGAAAUAUAAUAAUAAUAAUAUGGUGACUCCAAAACUGUAGUUGACAAGUCAUUAUGGUUAUUUUUCCUUGUAUUGAUCGCCACCGAGAUUUUUCCUUCAAUUUAACAUUGAAAGCAGGGGAAAUCAAAGCAAGAUAACAAUUAACCGCAUAUAUACCUAUAUAUAUUUAUGAUUCAUAUUAUUAUGUGUUACUCAAUAUUAUUACUAUAUAUUUCUGCAUAUCGUUGUUAAUCGAACGUUUUAGAUGCAAGCAAAGCAAAUAAUAUUACAUUUAUAAGCAAAACUUUAUGAUUUUUAGAAAAGAACAUAGAAAAACAAAAAAAAAACACGAAAAGAAAGGUAUAACUCAUUUAUUAAAUCCUGAAAUCCUGAAAGCGAAACGUACAAUACCAAUAUGUAAAAACUACAACAAAAUGUUUCACUUAACAUUAACCAAAAUACAGAAAAAAGAAACAAAUCAACAACAAAUUGAAAAGAAUAAGGACCUUGAACGAACACCAUUCAAUAAAAAGAACCUUAUGAAAGAGCAAA